CCGGAAAACCGAAAAGAAGCGGGAAACAUUAAACGGCUGGCGAUUCUUAUACUUUACCGUGUCAAGCUCGAGCGCCGCGUAACCGGUAACCUCCCCUCGGCUCGGCCGACGAUCACGAUCCCGUCCUCCGCCUGCGAUGUGACACAAUUGCCCCGUACGUGUCGGCCCCAAAACUCUGCCUUAACCACGAAGAGGUCCAAGGCUAAGUUGGUCAAUUUAACAUUUCCCUCAAAGACAAGAUCAAUUCAUAUUAUCAAAAUUUUAUAAUUAUCUUGAGGUUUGUACGGUAAACUAAUUCAUAAUCUUAUCUUAUCCGAUAUCAAAUAUAACCGGGUAAAGUUAUUUUCCUCCAUGUCAAUUGUUAAUGGCAUAAUGGUAAAAGUAUGCACGAAAAUUUUCGUUUCGAUGAAUCAAUAUAGAAAUGAGACAAUUGAUCAUUUUCGUUUGGAUGGAUCAAUAUAGAAAUGAGUCAAUUUGAUCAAUUGUCUCAUUUUAUAAACGAUGCAUUUUUUUAUGAAUAUAAACGAGGAAAUUAAAACGUGUCAAUUCGAAUCACCUUCCUACACAUCAUAUAAUUGAAAUUGAAUUAAAACGAAUCAAUUCAAAAUAUCUCAAGCAAAUUGAUCCAUCCAAUUUUUUUGUGGCAAACGAGUCAAUUUGAUACAAUUGUGUCAUAACAAAAAAAUUACGUCAAAUUGAUCUAUUACGAUUUCUCAUCCAAUAAGAGUUUUUGUAAACCAAACAGGAUUACAAACGUGGAAUUUCAAUCCACAAAGUUAUCACACUAAGCACACGUGCAUCUUAACGGUAAGUAAUUAAUUUGCACCGGGUAAUUUUUAGGGAUUUGGGAAUUGGGAUUUGGGGGCAUUGAAAAGGAACCAAGAAAAUAGACGAUGACGGAAUUUACCACGAGACGGCAUAACCCAAACCGUUUACCCCGUUACUGCCAGAUCAUUAAGAAAAGGAAACUCUAUGGACCAUAAUAACAAAAGAAAAAUCUCCUACAUAAUAAUAAUCACCAACAAGAAAAAAAAUACAACCGUCAGAUCAGGAUAUUCCCAGGAAACAGUAGUCCAAUCCUACGGCUGUUAUCAUAUUUCCUCACUUCUUCUGAAACGGUUUUCCUUUUCCGUGUCUAUUUUGGAUUUUUUACAAAUCUUUGUUGGGUUCGUCUUUGCAAUUUCCUCGCCAUCUCUCUUGUCUAUAAAUAACUGGAGAAGCCAGAGGGAGGAGGAGAGAAUAGUUAUCGAGCGGCAAUCCAAAAAGGCAAAAACAGAGAGAGGGAGCGAGAGUUCUCUCCUUCUGCCCAAACAAAGCACCUUUCAAUUGGAAAUCGUUCUCGGUGGCCAUUGGUAUCGCUUUCCGAGGUGGAAUUUGGGUUCGUCUCGCUGAUUUCGUGGGAUAUAUCUCUCUCCCUCGAUUUGGGUUUGGAUUGAGAGGAGGAGAGGGAUAGCUGGAUUUCAGGUGAAGCCAUUGUCGUACACAUUGAGGGAGGAAGGAAGCAGGGGAUUUGUGGGGUUCGUCUUUAUCUUCUGUGGGGUGGGUUUUGUUCCUGAUCAUAGAAAUUUUCUGUGGUGGAUUUUGGGGGAAUCAUGGAGGAAGGAGGGUAUUACAGUUCGAAGAAAUCUGAUGAUAUAUGCGAGAACAUUUGCGGCCAGUCUGCCAGAGGGCCUCUAAGCAUGUCUCGACUGAAAUGCAUCCUGCGAGGCUUUGACUUCAAGACCUGUCUUCUGAUAUUCAUAGCCAUUCCUCUGAUAGUCUUGGGAGUCUAUGUCCACGGGCAGAAGAUCACCUACUUCCUGAGACCACUAUGGGAGAGACCUCCAAAGCCCUUCAAUGUCAUCCCGCAUUACUACAAUGAGAACGUGACGAUGGAAACUCUCUGCAAGCUCCACGGCUGGGGGGUCCGUGAGUCCCCCAGACGAGUAUACGAUGCUGUUUUAUUCAGCAACGAAGUCGACAUGCUCACCAUUCGGUGGAACGAGCUGUACCCUUAUAUAACACAGUUUGUGCUUCUAGAGUCGAACUCUACAUUCACUGGACUGCCUAAGCCGCUCAUCUUCGCAGGCAAUAGGGACAAGUUCAAGUUCAUUGACCCUCGGCUUACUUACGGGACGAUUGGAGGAAGGUUUAAGAAGGGGGAGAAUCCAUUUGUUGAAGAAGCUUAUCAGAGAGUUGCACUAGACCAGUUGAUCAGAAUUGCUGGGAUUGAAGAUGAUGAUUUGCUGAUAAUGUCUGAUCUGGAUGAGAUCCCAAGUGCUCACACGAUUAAUCUCCUUCGAUGGUGUGACGAUAUUCCUCCUAUUCUUCAUCUUCAGCUGAAGAAUUACUUGUAUUCUUACGAGUAUCAUGUGGAUAACAAGAGCUGGAGGGCUUCCAUUCAUAGGUAUCGAACUGGGAAGACUCGAUAUGCUCAUUACAGACAGUCGGAUGUUCUUCUCGCUGAUUCAGGGUGGCAUUGCAGCUUUUGCUUUCGGUACAUUAGUGACUUUGUGUUUAAGAUGAAAGCUUACAGCCAUUACGACAGGGUGAGAUUCUCACAUUACUUGGAUCCAAAGAGAGUUCAGGAUGUGAUCUGUAAGGGUGCGGAUUUGUUUGAUAUGCUACCUGAGGAGUACACAUUCAAGGAGAUCAUUGGGAAGAUGGGUCCUAUACCAAGGACUUUCUCAGCAGUUCACCUUCCUGCAUUCUUAUUGAACAAUGCUGAGAAAUACAAGUAUCUUUUGCCUGGGAACUGCAAGAGAGAAAGUGGCUGAAGUUUGAAGUGGAGUAGGGCUUCUUUUGUAGACUUCACAGGGAAUGCCGAGGUUGGUGUUUUGCACAGGCGAGAAGGCAAAUGUUCAGAAAAUAGACGAGCCAUGGCGUGGAACUGCUACAAGUAUACCUUACAAGGAUUGAGACAUUGAACACCAUUCUUUUAGAGAGAGGUGCGCAAUCGAGAUUGAUGAUGAGAGGGGGGAAAUUUUGAAUGCUUGGACUUUGGAGGCGCUGCUGCUUCGACCAUGAAGUGGUAUAGAUUGUUCAUGUGGAGGAAGCUUGUUCGAGUGGGACAUAUCUUUAGGAGUUUCCCAAUGCAUUCCUUCCGCAGAGAGAUUAUUCUAGAUUACAGUUGACCUCUUCCAGGUUAUUUCUACAUGGGGUUCGACUUUCUUUAACGAAAAGAAUCAUAGCUAGAUUCAUGUUGUUUAUUCACUCUAAUUUUAUAGAAAUUGAUAUACAUGUUGGCCUCUUCCCUUCACCUUAUAUAAUAUAUUAACUAUGACUCAUUUCGUCAUUGAACUACUCUGAGCUUUUAUUAUCCUUUUGUUAGCUAUGAUGAUUCUCGUCUUUUUUCCCCCUGUAAUUUCUAUCACUAGAAUUUCAACAAGUGUAGGAAUGACAUUUCUGGAUGAGAUGUUCUUUGAGUGCCUUGUAUAGUUUUCUGCUUGUCAUGUUUCCUUAAUCUUCUUAGUUUGAGAUGCAUGUGGCAAAGCUUAGUCUGUUUAAUAUUUUUUUUUUUUUGUAUUUUUAGGCAGAUCAGUGGCUGAAAGCAUAUUCUGCAAGUAUAUUAAUCUAUAUUCUGGACUCAGUCAAGUCCACAUGCAGUGAAACUCCCCAAUAGACAUUCUUAGGGUUAAAAAAACUCCCUCUGGCUUACUCUGAUAGUGCCAAGCCUGCAACUUUCACUCUCUUUCUUAAGCCUAGAUCACAAAGGAAAAUUAGGCAGUUAGGUGUCAGAAUCCGGAAAGCCAGAGGAUUCCUUGUUGCUUGUGUCUAUUGCCAAAGGGGCUGUCCUAACUGCUUAUGCAGUUGGGAAAUUUCAGGACCCUUCUCUUUCCCCUUUUAAAAGUGGAACAUUAUAGCCUGUCUGUUUAAGGGUCUUGCUUGUUUUAGCUGCUACUAGACGCGUCCUUAAGCAAGAGUGCUGAACAGGGGAACCUAGAGGUUUCCUUCUUUCUUCAUCUACUAGGAAAACUUGUGUGGAAUUUCACUUCUCUUGGUCUCUUGCCUUAAAAUGGUGACAGAUGAGAGAAUGACAAAAGCAUUUCACCCUUUACAGGGGGUUUGGUGAAGUGUCGUUGCGAUAUUGGAAUGAGAGAGAUCUCUGGAGCUGUGGAGGGGGCAAAGAAACCGUUGGGAAGAAAUGGCGGUUUGUUUGUGUGCUGAUUCUGUAGAGAGUAGUAAAUGGUGAGUUUUGUUUGGUUGGGCGGUUAGGUGGACGGUUGGGUUGGUUGGUGAAUUGGUUUAUGCUGUUUUAGCCUUUUUGGGGCAAAUUGAGUGGUGGAAAAGGAAAAGAGAUGAUGGAUUGAUGGGGACCUUUUGUGUUUAGAUGGAAGAAUUAAUAAUGGUGCUGUGGUGUCAUCAAACAAUAGAAUCUGUUGGUAUGGUGGAAGAAUUGUAAUUCACAUUUUGAAAAGUGGAUGUACAUUGCCGGGCCGUACAAGACAUUUUGUUGUAGGGUUUGUGCUAUCCAAACCUUAGUAUGAUUAAACAUAGUGAGUUUCAUAUGAGGAUUUUUAAUGAUUAUCGAUAUGAAUGUCAAAAAGCAUAAAAGGUUGGUCCCGAU